UCCGUCAUCUCACUCCUCUUUCCCUUUAAAUCAAAACCCUGGAACUUUCAAUUUUGCUGUGCUGAAACCCUUACUUCCGAUUUCUCUUGCUGCUUCAAUAACCUCCUUUUCGUCGAUCUCUCGAUCAAUCAGUACUUUUUCCAAAUUAUUAGCAAUCAUGUCGUUGAGGCCAAGCGCGAGGACCGAGGUUCGCAGGAAUAGGUAUAAGGUUGCCGUCGAUGCUGAGGAGAGUCGCCGGAGGCGAGAAGACAACAUGGUGGAAAUUCGGAAGAAUCGUCGGGAGGAAAGCUUGCAGAAGAAGCGGCGUGAAGGCCUCCAAGCCCAGCCCAUGCCAGCUGCAAUUCAUUCCUCUGCUGUAGAGAAGAGGUUAGAGCAUUUACCAUCGAUGGUUGCUGGUGUUUGGUCUGAUGAUAGUAAUUUGCUGCUUGAGGCAACCACUCAGUUCAGGAAGUUGCUCUCAAUUGAACGUAGCCCUCCAAUUGAGGAAGUCAUACAGGCUGGUGUUGUUCCCCGCUUUGUUGAGUUUCUUAUGAGGGAGGACUUUCCUCAGCUUCAGUUUGAAGCAGCUUGGGCACUCACAAACAUUGCUUCUGGGACGUCUGAGAAUACUAGGGUGGUAAUUGAUCAUGGAGCUGUUCCCAUAUUUGUAAAGCUUCUGGGUUCUCCAAGUGAUGAUGUUCGUGAACAGGCUGUGUGGGCAUUGGGAAAUGUUGCUGGAGAUUCUCCUAAAUGUCGUGAUCUUGUUCUUGGGCAUGGAGCUUUGAUUCCUUUGCUGGCACAAUUGAAUGAGCAUGCUAAACUGUCUAUGCUAAGGAACGCUACAUGGACGCUCUCGAACUUUUGCCGAGGCAAGCCGCAGCCACCUUUUGACCAGGUUAAGCCUGCUCUUCCAGCUCUUGCACAUUUAAUUCAUUCUAAUGAUGAGGAAGUUUUGACUGAUGCAUGUUGGGCACUCUCAUAUCUUUCUGAUGGUACCAAUGACAAAAUUCAAGCUGUUAUUGAAGCAGGAGUAUGCCCUCGGCUAGUUGAGCUUUUACUGCACCCAUCUCCCUCAGUUCUCAUUCCUGCACUUCGAACUGUUGGGAAUAUUGUCACUGGUGAUGAUAUGCAGACCCAGUGUAUCAUCAAUCAUCAAGCACUGCCUUGCCUUCUAAAUUUGUUGACAAAUAACUAUAAAAAGAGUAUCAAGAAGGAAGCUUGUUGGACCAUAUCUAAUAUAACUGCUGGCAACAAAGAGCAGAUUCAGGCUGUAAUUGAGGCUAAUAUCAUUGCUCCAUUAGUUCAUCUGCUUCAAAAUGCUGAGUUUGACAUUAAGAAAGAGGCUGCAUGGGCAAUCUCAAAUGCUACAUCGGGUGGUACUCAUGAUCAAAUCAAGUACCUUGUUAGCCAGGGUUGCAUCAAGCCCUUGUGUGACCUUCUCAUAUGCCCUGAUCCAAGGAUAGUGACAGUCUGUUUAGAAGGUCUUGAAAACAUCUUGAAGGUAGGAGAAGCUGACAAGAAUUUAGGCAGCACUGGAGGUGUAAAUCAAUAUGCACAAAUGAUUGAUGAUGCUGAGGGGUUGGAGAAAAUUGAAAAUCUACAGUCUCAUGACAACACAGAGAUUUAUGAGAAGGCUGUGAAGAUCCUUGAGACAUAUUGGCUUGAGGAGGAGGAUGAGACAAUGCCGCCAGGAGACGCAUCCCAAUCUGGGUUCCAAUUUGGUGGGAGUGAGAUGCCUUCUGUUCCAUCUGGCGGAUUUAAUUUCAGCUAGACGAGUUCACUGGUUCGGCAUUGAAGUCGAGAAAUGUGGUGGAGCACUUGUCAACUUCAGGUUGGGCGUCUUGGUGUCAUGUGUGGGUCUACUUGUCCAGUCUAAGGUGUGGUUGAAAGGCUACUGGACGGGUUUCGGGUUUUCAAUACGACAAGAUUAAUAUUAUUGGUGUGGGAAGACAAACAUGGAUAAGAGUCGCAUGAUGAACAUGGGUUUUCACUAUAACUGGAGAAAACCGUGCUCAUUUUUUAUGGAGAGGGUUAUUCUUGGGAGGGUGGGCUGUCAUAGAACAGACAUGGAGUCUUUUUGAAUGCGUCUAUUGUCAUAGUAAGCUUUAGUAAUCUGUCCCUGCAUUACCUUUUCCACAGUUUGUCGAUUUUGGCACUCCCAAAAUCCUUAUAGUGGCGUGCUUGUACUUAAUAGGAUUAUUGGAAUUAUAUAUAAUAUAUGUUGUUUGAAUGUGUCA